ACUAACUAGAUGACAUCAAGCGUCGAUCACUGCCCAAAUCAGUAGAAAGAUCAUUCGUAGCGGGACUAGCUUCCCUACCUACACGCGUGAAAGUUGCUGAUUACGAAAGUUUCCAUUUCUAAACAUCUGAAGUUGGGUCUAGAUAACCUAGUUCUCUGCUUUUCCCCACUCAGCAGCAUCCACCAUGUCAUUCAAUAGCGUGCCAGCAGGCGCACAGCAGCAACCAACGCCAUUUGAAUUACAUAUCGACGAGAAGAAAUUGCAGGAUUUCAAGACUUUGUUAAAGUUAAGUCCGGUCGCCAAAGAGACGUAUGAGAACUUGCAGGAUGAUGGGAGCCAUGGAAGAUUUGGAGUGAGCAGGAAGUGGAUAGUGGAUACGAAGAAGUACUGGGAGCAGAAGUACGACUGGCGCAAAGAAGAAACGCAUAUCAAUUCAUUUCCAAACUUCAAGACUAACAUCACCGAUGAUGACGGUGGUGUAUUCGACGUCCACUUCGCCGCGCUAUUCUCCUCUAAUCCAUCUGCGAUUCCCAUCGCUUUCUUCCAUGGAUGGCCUGGCUCUUUCCUGGAGUUCUUGCCACUUCUUGACAUUCUUCGGAAAAAGUACACGCCCGAGACUUUGCCAUACCAUAUCAUCGUACCCUCUCUUCCCGGCUUCACGCUCUCCUCGGAUCCUCCACUAACCCGGGAUUGGAAAGUUGCAGACACAUCACGUAUCAUGCAUAAGCUUCUCCUCUCGCUUGGGUUUGGGCCAACAGGAUACCUUGUUCAAGGCGGUGAUAUUGGCAGCCUAGUGUCCCGGGUUAUCGCAGCGACGUACGAUGAAUGCAAAGGCAUGCAUCUCAAUUUCAUGCUGAUUAAAGACAUCGAGACCAAAUCCAGUCCCGACGACGUGAUCUCCGAAGCAGAAAAGAAAGGACAAGAGCGUCUGAAGCAAUUCAUGACCGUCGGCCGCGCCUACGCUGACGAGCACGGUACGAAACCAUCGACUAUCGGUCUCGUUCUAUCCAGCUCGCCGGUCGCGCAACUCGCAUGGAUUGGAGAGAAGUUUUUGGCCUGGUCUGACCCCUCAACCACGCCUUCGCUCGACACCAUCCUCGCUGACAUCACGCUCUACUGGCUUACCGAGUGUUUCCCAACGUCAAUUUAUACGUAUCGCGAGGCAAAGAAACUCCUGUAUGUGGAUAAGCCGAUUGGGUAUUCAUACUUCCCAUACGAGCUUGCACCUGUUCCGAAGGCAUGGGCCGAAAAGACCGGAAAGAUGGUAUUCUUCAAGGCCCAUGAGAAAGGCGGGCAUUUUGCAGCGCUAGAGAGACCAGAGGAGCUAUUUGCAGAUGUUGAGGCAUUUGUGAAGGUGGCUUGGAAGUAACGGGCUUGUACUGUUGUAAUCAUGCAUGUUGGUACUGAAGCCGUCGGACAGACAUAUGCGAAGAAUGUCGAUUUUAGCCCAGAUCGCGUAUGAGAUAGAUCUAAGUUUAUGAUCUCUGCGAGAUACUGAUCGCUCUUCCUCAGAGUGUGAGUUCGGGGCUCGUCUCCUUUUUGUGUCAGGCGCAAGGACUCAUACACUAUUAUUCAUGGCUUCAUCCUCUCCUUCCUAUUGAAUAACUAUGUAGAAAGAUUACC